UCGCGGGGGGGAGAAAAAAAAAAUCACGAAAAUUAGCAGCAGUGGGUUUUGGGGGAGACGCCGCUUUCCUUUCCUUUCUGCUCUGCUCUUCGCUGAAGCCAGAAGUGAAGGUGUGAAGUUAUUUAUUUGGGAGUCUCUCGGGGGCGAGUACAGCUUUAAGCGCCGGGUGAGGGGAAGAUGGCGGAGGACACGUCGCGGUUCCCCACCGGGGAUUAUUAUCCCAGAAAGUACGGGCCCAAACCUGACGUGGUGCCGUGCGGGGUGACCGAGAGGAAGGUCUCGUUCGCCGGGGGCCCGGACAAGCCCGACAUGGUGGCCGUGGACGUGCUGAACGUCAAGGAGGAGGAAGAUAUUUCAGUGCAUAGAAGAAAACAGGAUUCAAGUACCUACCUUUUGGGGACCAUUCAUCCUUUCCGCAAGUCUCACCGGUCUCUGGGUGGAAAGUUUACGCAAGAAUUUCUGCUGGUGGCAGCUGAUAGGCGGUCCUGGAAGAUCCUGCUAUUUGGAGUAUUGAAUAUGGUUUGCACAGGCUUUCUCCUGAUGUGGUGCAGUGCCACAAAUAGUAUGGCUUUGACGGCUUACACUUAUUUAACCAUCUUUGAUCUCUUCAGCUUGGUCACUUGCCUAAUAAGUUUCUGGGUGGCACUGAAGAAGCCUAGUCCUGGGUAUUCUUUUGGGUUUGAGAGGUUUGAAGUAUUAGCAGUGUUCGCUGCCACUGUACUGGCACAGCUCGGGGCUCUCUUUAUACUCAAAGAAAGUGUGGAGCGAUUUGUGGAGCAGCCUGAGAUUCAUACGGGGCGCCUCCUGGUUGGUACCUUUGUGGCUCUAUUCUUCAAUUUACUCACCAUGCUGUCUUUGAAGAACAAGCCUUUUGCUUACGUGUCUGAAGCUGCUAGUACAAGCUGGCUUCAGGAACACGUUGCUGAUCUAAGUCGAAGUUUAUGUGGGAUAAUUCCCAGUUUAAGCAGCAUUUUGCUUCCUCGUAUGAAUCCGUUUGUGCUGAUUGACCUGGCGGGGGCCGUGGCACUCUGCAUCACCUACAUGCUGAUUGAAAUAAAUAAUUAUUUUUCAGUUGACACCGCCUCAGCUAUAGCCAUUGCUGUUAUGACCUUUGGUACCAUGUAUCCGAUGAGUGUUUACAGUGGAAAGGUGCUGCUUCAGACGACACCUUCUCAUGUGAUUGGCCAACUGGACAAGCUUUUAAGAGAGGUUUCCACUCUGGAUGGUGUCCUCGAAGUGCGGAACGAGCAUUUUUGGACCCUGGGAUUUGGAACUCUGGCUGGAUCUGUACACGUGCGGAUCAGGAGAGAUGCAAAUGAACAACUGGUACUGGCUCAUGUGACCAAUCGCCUGUCCACACUAGUUAAAACAUUAACUAUUCAGAUUUUCAAAGACGACUGGGUAAGGCCGUCUUUAGCUGCAGGGCCAAUCCCAACCAAUAUGUUAAGCCCAAUGGACCACACAGGUAUUGCAGCAGUGCCAGCUGUUAAACCACUGGAUUACAUGAACCCGAUCACUUCUACCCCAACAAAACCAACCAGCCCACCUCCUGAAUUCGCGUUCAACACACCAGGCAAGAACAUUAAUCCUGUCAUCCUGCCAGCGCCACCAGCUAGACCUUAUGGCUUAGGACUCAAUUAUGGAGCUGCUUCAUAUAACAGUGGCCUUGUGAAUCCUGGAAUUGGAAUUGGAACUGCAACAACGCAGGGUUUUAGGACCGCAUUUACUAAUGUUCCAGGCAGAUAUGGAACAGGUCCUCAAGGACAUUUCCCACAGUAACUAUUCUAAUAAAAAGUUGGGAACCCUGUUGGAAAGAAUUUUCUACACAAUCAGCUGCCUUUACAUAAAAAUAUUAUAUCUGAACAGAUUUUAACUGAAACAUAAUUGUCUCACCAUCUAUAUGAAAAUGUAAUUGUGAUAAUCCUGGAUUAUCCUAACAUGAUUAUGUCUGGAAUGUUUUUUUAUUCUACAUUUUGCCUAUAAUCGUGUUUUUCGCAUCAAAACAACAAUGUUGUCCGCUGGAGUUUUUCUUUAAUGUUUUUUUACACUUAAUGUUUGUGCAGCAUUAUCAGAAUAAUGCAAUUUGGGCCAUUUCCUUGUAAGAAAAUCUAUAGAAAUCUAAUCCAUGAAUAGCCUACACUUGGUCAUGAGAAUGGCUCUAUUGAGAAGUUGAUCAACUCACUCCUUGAUGCAUCAUUAUUUUCUUCCCAUUAACUAAGGACCCUGCUGACAUUAGAAAUGCACAAGUGAAUGGGGACAGGAAGCAGUACGAACAGCUAUGAUAUGAAUGGGUAUCUGGUUAUUCCAAACACUUGAAGCAUGUGAAUUUCUUCAUUAGAUAUCGAUGUGUGUGUUUUUUUUCCCCUCUCGAAACCAUGCGGCAGCUCUGUUCAUGCUCUGUUUGGGAUGUAAGUAUCUCAGUUUGCAAAUUACCACAAGCCAAGGAAUCAGUAUUGCAAGCUGGAGACUACAGUGUUUCAAGAAAAGAAAUGACAUUGUAACAAGUUUUGGUAAGCACAUUAUUGUGCUGUAUCUAGUUCCCCAAAACAAUAACAUGACUCAUACCACACAUUUAAUAAUGAAUCCUGUCAUGAUACAAAGCAAAAGAAUCCUACCCCUUUGACUUAUGGGGACAGAGUAGCCUUCAGGUUUUAAUAUAACUUAUAAGAACAAGCUGGUCUGUUUACAAUUAUUGCCCUGAACACAGUUUAUUCAGCACUCUUAGAGUACAGUAACUGCUUUUUCAGGUAUUAACAUAUUUAAACCUUAAAUAAUUUGAAAUACUUUUUGGUUGCAGAAUGUAAGAAGCCAAGACUGUUGCUGUAAAUAUUUGUUGGUAAAAGUUACUCUGCUUUGUGAUUUUCGGUAAUAAAAGUGUACAAAUCAUGUUCAGGGUCUUUCCACAGAUGUAUAUUAUACAUGUUUGUAUUUAAAAGUACAAAACCUAUUAAACAUUGUACAUAAAUAUAUAUACAGUAGUUUUCCUUAGAGAUGUAUGUUUAAUAUGUUUGAGGUUGGAUGGAUGUAGUUUUAAAAGGAAUCAGUUAUAAUGAUAGUUAAUUCAGCACAGUUAUCUUUCAUUGGGUAUGUUGAAACAUUACUGUAAAUGUUGGUGGUUGCCAAUAAAUUAAAAAUAUUCCUAUAGUAUUAUAAGAGACAAUAAACUCACCGUGCCUUGCA